AUGUCAUUUACAACGCUACGUAGUUUUUCUUCAAAGAUAACAGUAUUAGGUGGUUUUGGUAAUAAAAGAGUACAUAUUCGACCACCAAUAAUUAUUAGUGCUACUAACUUUGGAAACUCGUUGUUUUUGAGGCAAUACAGCAGCAAAAAGAAAUACACUGAAGAACACGAAUGGAUUGAUGUUGAUGAUGAUGGGAUUGGUACAGUCGGUAUUACUGACUAUGCUCAAACUUCUCUUGGAGAUGUAGUUUUCGUAGAAAUACCUGAAGAGGGGAAGUUUGUUAAAAAGUCUGAUAAUAUUGGUGCAGUUGAAAGUGUUAAAGCUGCAAGUGAUAUUUAUGCACCUGUUAGUGGUGAAAUAAUUAAAUCUAAUUCUAACCUUACAGAUAAACCUAGUUUAAUAAACAGUAGUCCUGAAAGUGACGGAUGGCUAUGUAAAAUAAAAUUAUCUAAUCCCGACGAAUUUAAGGAAUUAUUAGAUAAACAAAAAUAUGAGGAAUGGUGUAAUAGCGAAUCUCAUUAA